CUCACAGAGAAGAGCAACCGACCCCGGUAUCGUCUCCUUCAAAAGGGAGGCUCGCGUAGGGGUAGCGGCUGGGGUUGAGGAGAAGACUGGCUCCAGAAUCGGGCCCAAGGUAUAUACUUGAUUGGCCGAACAGACAGGAGCCAUUGAUUUCAUUUGGUUUCUCCAGAGUCGGGACCACCGGUGUACCAAUCGGCAGCCUAAAACGUGGUCGGGUAGUCACUUUCUAUCGGCUGACCAAACUCGGCCUAGUGAAUUCAUCUCCACGGGGAAUACCUGUACUCCGUAGUAAGUGUGGAAAAUCCUUCAUAAGACCAUCAUGGUCCCCUCCCUGGGAGCAUGGAUAUAUCAGGCCACAAGAGCUGAGAGAACAUCAGAUCUUUUGCCAGAAAUAUCAUUACCCCAGACACAAGUGGGCUCGCAGCUUAACAAGUCAAGAUGCAUCUCCCAUCUGCUUAUAAUAUAUUGAUCUCGCUCACCGCUGCCCUGGGCAGUUUGACCUACGGAUAUGCGGCAGCAGUACUUGGGAAUACGCUUGAAAAGGCUCCUUUCUAUGCCUACAUGAAGCUCGACCCCGAGGGUGCAGGAUUGGCCCAUGCGGACACCAUCAUCGCCGUGUGGAACACAAUUCUCUACGCUGGCGGCAUCGUUGCCUGCAUGGCCUGCCCCAUAAUUGGAGACCGUUAUGGUCGUAAAAAGGUCAUCGGCCUAGGUGCCGUGACGUCCGUCAUUGGUGCGGCGUUGCAGGCUGGGAGUGUCAAUCCCGCCAUGAUGAUCGUUGCGAGACUCGUGGUCGGAGCUGGCAUGGGUAUUCUCCUGGCAACAGUCCCUCUCUACCAGGCUGAGAUCGCGCCUCCCUCCAACCGCGGUUUCAUCGUCGGAAUCCAUGCUUCACUGAUCGGGUUCGGUUCAAUGAUAUCCAACUGGAUUGGUGUCGCUUUCUACUAUGUUCCUGGCUCGGCCGGCUGGCGUGUCCCGUUGGCUCUCCAAGUGAUUUUCCCUCUUGUUUUGUCCUGUGUGAUCUUCUUCAUCCCCGAGAGCCCGCGAUGGCUUUACAUGCACGAUCGUGCAGAUGAGGCUGAGAAGGUCCUGAUCGCCCUCCACAAGCGCGCGGAUGACCCAACCCACGCUUUCGCUCGAACAGAGAUCCAGAUCAUCAGGAGCCAGAUCGACUAUGAGAGGGCAAACCGUUUGCCCGUGCUCGAGGCGUUCAAGAAGCGAUCCCUUCAAAAGAGGUUCGCGCUCGGCUUCCUGGCCAUGUGGGACACUCAGUGCAGUGGUUUGAUCGUCGUGCUGGCAUACCAAGCCACCAUCUAUGAAUCUCUCGGCUAUACUCCAUUCAUGGCCGGUAUCCUAGGAUCUGUCUGGUGCGUUUUGAAUGGAACUGGCAACUUCCUUGGUGGUGUCAUUGGCGACUAUGUCGGCCGGAAGAGGCAAAUCGCAACCGGCCUUGCAAUGCUCCUGGUCCUGUUAGUCUUGCUUUGCGUUACCACGAAGCUGUACGCCGGCACGGAUAACAAAGCUGGAAAGACUGCCGCCGCCGUCUUCACUUUCCUUAUGAUCGCAGUCUACGCCACUGGCGUUGACUGCCCGUCGUUGGUGUACAGCUCUGAGCUCUACCCAGGAGAAUGGCGCGCCGUGGGAGUUGCCACUUCUCUCUCAGCUGUCCUGUGGGGUUGCCUUAUCUUCACCGCCGCGGCUCCGGCAGCAUUGACCAACAUCGGUGCGCUGUACUAUGUUGUCUUCAUCGUCCUUACCUUUUUCCAACUUCUGCUCGUCAUUUUCUUCUUCCCAGAUACCAAGGGCUUCACCCUCGAGCAAAUGUCUGCAGUCUUUGGCGAUGCAGUCGUGGACAUGCAUGGCAACGUCGAGAAGGCCGAGGACUUCAUGAAGGAAGAUCACGACGUCGAUCACAUGGAAAUGAGCGAAGACAUCAGGAUAGAGCAGGAAUCACAGCAGAAGGUGUGAGACAGUGUCAAGCUUGCAAGGUCCGAAGCGACGAUCAAAAACAAACCACUCCCACUGGGUAGAAGCAUGGUCUUGCGGUCAAUGUGUGAAUAGACCAGACUCAUCAACAACGUGUCAUGCUGAACGUUAUGAUAAUUCAAUCUUCUUCUUCCAGAACCGUAUUCUGUCUCAAAU